AUGAAAUCUGAUAAGCACAAAACGGCCCUUGAUUUCGAGUCCCUGAAAGGCAGCUUCUCAACUGAAGGUCCCCCUAACUGUUCUGACAAAAUCCAGGAUGGCUCUCCAACUGGAAAAAUUAAUAAGAAAGUGCCGUCUGAGUCUAGGCGUGUCCGGAAGAUCGUCCAAGGCCCUUCCAAAAGCCUCGGCCUUCCGCAGGUCGCCGAUUCAGAGAUCCUCGGAUCAAGGUCACUAAUUCUCAGAACCGAGAGUCCUUGGGAUACAUUUAAGAAGGUCUUCAGCUGUGAACUUGCCGGCACAGUUAUGAUCGCCAUUCACCGUACGCGCCCUUCCCGAGUCUUGGCCAUUCGAGAAUAUUCCGGCAAAGAUGAGGACAAAAUGUUAGACCGAUUUCGCCGGAUCCUACACGAGAAUGUUAUUUCAGCCAAGGAAUGCUACAGAUACGAAGGCUCUUUGUACGCUCUAGUCGAUGAUCUGCCUCUGACCCUGGAACAUCUUGCUGGCCGUCCCAAUGAGAGUCAAUUGGCUUCGAUUGUCACACAGGUCCUUGAUGGAGUGUCCUACCUUUCCGCGGUUGGUUUUGAACACGAGUCCUUGACGUGCUCCAAUAUACUCCUUGGUCUGGACGGAUGUGUUAAGAUCGCUGCCUUGGAGUUCUGCGUGAGAUAUUAUCCGACUGAAUCCCAGGCUAAAUCUAUCAAAGCACUCGCUGCAAUCAUGAUGACGCUGAUGCAGACAUACGAAAAGGAGGAUGGCUUGGUUGGUGUUGAUGAUGUGCGUCGUUGGCCUGUCGACUCUGAUACCGUUGAAUUUCUCUCGGCGACUUCUUCUGCUAGAUUUAUUGACACACUAAAGCAACUCGGUUUGCUAUGA